AGAGGAGAGAGGCGGAUAUGAAUCCGUAGCUCUGCGUUCGUGUGUCUCUUUUCCCGGGACCCUCGUUCUGCUCGCCGCGAAGUCGUGCGCGUUUCUUUUGAAAGACACUUUUGAAAGAGACUUUAAAUACACGGCGGCGGGAAACAAUAGCGAGCUCGGUCCGGUGAAAAGAGAGCAAGCUGGCGGCACGGCGGGGGAUGCACGGGCACAAUAGGAGAGACCAAACUCUUCUGCUUGCGGAGGACAGUGUUGCAAUAACAUUAUUUUUCAGGCAUAUAAACCUCGCAGCGGGAAGCGUUAGUUUGAAGCAGGACUUUUCUUUCACGCGCAUUUAGCGUGAACACAAGGACAGGAUUUACACUGGACGCCGAGGGGAUUUAAUGAGGAUUUGCUGUUUUGGGAGAUAUUUUGAUAACGCCGAUUGUCAAACGCCACGAAUAGACCGGGAAACAAACCAAACCAAUCCUGUUCUAUUAUUAUACUGCGAUGUUUUCUUAGUAUUCCUGUUAUUUUCACUAUAUCACAUUCAAACAAACACAAGACCUAAAUUAAUUGACUUGGUUUCCAGAGAAUGUACUUGCUUGAUGGUAGUUACCCGGAAAGGAUGGAGCGGGGUACGCCACAAAGGAAAACCGUGUAUCGCAUCUCUUUGACAUUAGUGAAAAAAGAGAACCUGCAGGAUGGCGGAAGCUCGGCGCACAAGCGCCUGGAGAACCCGAAAGUGAGCGCGUACCGACGGGAGGCAUCGUGUGAGAUUCCGCGGAGCUCUCCACUGGAGGAGCUGAAAGAAGUGGAUGACGAGACGGACGAGUUUUCCUCACACUCAUACAUGAGAAACUUUAGAACUUUUAGCACCGGACAUCUGGAGCUGGGCAGGUUAAAAAUCUCAAAGAGGGCGCAGGCGUUAAAUGAAAAGUGCGUCUUGCCAGAGCAUGCUCAGAAGGUGAGUGAAAAUGGGGCACUUGUGCACAAAAAGAACAUUCAAGCUAAAGAAAUAACGGAAAGCAACGUCAAAUGUACAGAAAUCUCAGGCACAGUUGCUGGUAAUGGAGAAAACACAGGUUAUACAAAGAUUCUCAAGACCUCCAGGAGCACGGAGGAACCGGUCUCUAUGUGGUCAGAUGAGACUCAGGCUUCAGAGGAAGCAGAAAGUGUCAGGACAGCCAAAGAGAGCUGCAUUUCCACUUUGCUGGCUAAAGGGAAUGGAAAAACCCCUAAGCCGGCGCCUGAAACCACCCCUGUGAAAAGACACCCUAGCCUGCUGCGACGAAGCUUCAGCUUUCGCCACUGGACCGGUGGAGAGUUAAUACGCAUACGGGCGCUCUCCAAAGAGAAGCACCACAGCAGCUCGGGCUGCAUUGGUCGUGAUGGAGAAGAGAACCAGGCCCAGUCCAGCACGGUUCUCCAAAACCCUGCUUUUGAGUCUGAGUCCGAGAAGCGAAAUACCUUGGACGUGGGCGAGGUCCUGUGCAAAACGGACUCCAUGACUGAGCUGGGCCGCAGGGACAGGGCGAAAGGAAAGAACCGCACACUGGACAACAGCGACUUGUUCAAGCUGACUGAGAAAUCUUUAGUGGAAAAGGAAGGUUUUAUUAGAGGGACAGGUUUUCGUUCAAGCGGACACGAGCGUAAAUUAAUUCGGUUCUUUAGCGGGAUCUUCUCAAAGCGAGACGGGACAUCCACGCCGCUGAGCAGCCCCAGCAACCAGGCGCUACGGAAGAACGGUCUGCUCGGAUCUUACCGGAGAUCUGAUACUGGCUUUUCACAGUCCAGCACGGAGAGCGUUAACGGAUGCCUGCCUGACGAUGCGUUUGUCAACAGUCAGGAGUGGACACUCAGUCGCUCAGUACCAGAGCUCAAAGUGGGCAUUGUGGGUAACCUGGCAAGUGGGAAGUCUGCACUUGUGCACCGGUAUCUGACAGGGACUUAUGUGCAGGAAGAGAGCCCUGAAGCUGACGUGGAUGCAGGGGGACGCUUUAAGAAGGAGAUCGUAGUGGAUGGACAGAGUUACCUCCUUCUGAUCAGGGAUGAAGGGGGACCUCCAGAGGCUCAGUUUGCGUUGUGGGUGGAUGCAGUGAUUUUCGUCUUCAGUCUGGAGGAUGAGAUCAGCUUUCAGACUGUUUAUCAUUACUACAGCCGUAUGGCCAACUACCGCAACACAGCAGAUGUGCCCCUGGUACUUGUGGGAACUCAGGAUGCUAUCAGUGCAGCUAACCCUCGUGUCAUCGAUGACACACGUGCUCGCAAACUGUCGAAUGACCUGAAGCGGUGCACCUAUUACGAGACCUGCGCCACCUACGGCCUCAACGUGGAACGGGUCUUCCAGGACGUGGCUCAGAAAAUAGUUGCCACCCGGAAGAAACAGCAACUCUCCAUCGGACCCUGUAAGUCACUACCCAACUCACCGAGUCACUCUUCCGUCUGCGCAGCUCCUGUGUCUGCAGUGCAUAUAAGCCAGACCAGUAAUGGUGGAGGAAGUCUGAGCGAUUACUCGUCCUCCGUACCCUCCACUCCCAGUACCAGUCAGAAGGAACUUCGUAUCGAUGUGCCCACAUCUGCCAACACACCUACACCCGUCCGCAAACAGUCCAAACGACGUUCCAACCUCUUCACGUCUCGGAAGGCGAGCGAACCAGACAGGGAGAAGAAAGGAAUGGACGGUCGCGCAGACAGCAUUGGAAGUGGCCGCGCUAUCCCAAUUAAACAGGGCAUGUUGCUGAAAAGAAGCGGCAAGUCGCUGAACAAAGAAUGGAAGAAAAAAUACGUCACACUUUGCGACAACGGAAUCCUCACCUAUCACCCCAGUCUGCAUGAUUACAUGCAGAAUGUUCACGGGAAGGAGAUCGACCUGCUUCGGACUACAGUAAAGGUUCCAGGGAAGAGGCCCCCCAGGGCCAUCUCCACAUGUGCCGCCCCCAGUCCCAAAACCAAUGGGCUCACCAAGGACAUGAGCAACCUGCAGCUUGGACAGACACCGGGGUCUGUGACCAGCAGUUCUUCUGUGUCUCAGAUGGCGAGCGGCAUCAGUCUGGUGUCUUUUAACAGUCGUCCGGAUGGGAUGCACCAACGCUCGUAUUCCGUGUCCAGCGCUGACCAAUGGAGUGAAGCCACAGUCAUCGCCAACUCAGGAAUCAGCACAGAUACUGGUCUGGGAGAUUCUGUGUGCUCCAGUCCUAGUAUAUCCAGCACUACCAGUCCAAAAAUGGACCCACCCCCGUCGCCUCAUGCCAACCGCAAAAAACACAGGAGGAAGAAGAGUACCAGCAACUUCAAAGUGGACGGCUUCUCUGGCACUGCAGAAGAACCAGAGGACAACUUUGAAUUCAUCAUCGUGUCUCUCACGGGACAGACGUGGAAUUUUGAGGCGACGUCCUACGAGGAGCGUGACGCGUGGGUACAGGCCAUUGAAAGUCAGAUCCUGGCGAGCCUGCAGUCCUGUGAGAGCAGCAAGCAGAAGUCUCGUCUGAGCAGCCAAUCAGAAGCCAUUGCGCUACAGUCGGUCAGGAACAUGAGAGGAAACACACGGUGUGUGGACUGUGAAGCCCAGAACCCUGAUUGGGCCAGUCUGAACCUGGGGGCCCUGAUUUGUAUCGAAUGUUCGGGCAUUCACCGUAACCUGGGGACCCACGUCUCCCGUGUCCGCUCUCUGGACCUGGACGAAUGGCCUAUGGAGCUCAUCAAGGUCAUGUCGGCCAUCGGCAAUGAGCUAGCCAAUAGCGUGUGGGAGGCCAACGCUCAAGGUCGCCUAAAGCCCGCCCCUGAUGCCAGCAGAGAGGAGCGUGAGCGCUGGAUCAGGGCCAAGUAUGAGCAGAAGUUGUUUUUGGCGUCGCUGACGUGCACAGAACUGACUUUGGGACAGCAGUUACUGCGGGCAACGGCGGAGGAAGACCUGCGCUUUGUGGUCAUUCUGUUGGCCCAUGGCUCCAGAGAUGAGGUCAACGAAACCUGUGGGGAAGGUGACGGCCGGACAGCCCUGCACCUGGCCUGCCGCAAGGGGAACGUGGUGAUCACGCAGCUACUCAUAUGGUACGGGGUGGACAUCAUGGCACGGGACGCCCACGGCAACACUGCACUGGCUUACGCACGCCAAGCGAACAGCCAGGAGUGCAUGGACGUCCUCCUCCAGUACGGCUGUCCCGACGAGCGUUACCCACUCAUGGCCACGCCCAACCUGUCACGCAGGAACAAUAACCGCAAUAACAGCUGCUCCAGCGUGAACAGUGCAGUUAUAUGAGACAUCAAACACAUGCGAGUGAACCCAUACACAUAAACACACAUUUCAGUCAACACUCAUUGAAAAAUAUACAGCUCCUUUACUACAUCCGUAUCACAAGCAGACUGUGGUGAAGACGCAUGAGAAGAGCCACUUACAGCCCUACCUGGGCAGCAUCUUGACUUUGAAAGCCAUCCGUUUGAAAACAUUGCAGCAUGGGAAAUCAUGUGGGAUUUGGGAGGCAGUGUCCAGCAUCUCACCACAUUAUGGAACAAAAGUGCAUAAGUGAAAAUGCCAGUUGACACUAUUAAGUACAUGAUGGGAGAUUGGAGUCAGUUAACUGACAGGCAGGUGAUGCAUCCGUCCCCACACUAAUAAACAUUCUGCCCUCUGCCUUUUGUGUGCAGUACAACGUGUGACUUACAGUAUGGGACACCUUAUAAAACACUGGGACUAAAAAAUACCUAGAAGUUUGCUGAGUGUAUGUGUUCACAUUGACCCCCACCUCACAAAGACACCGGCCUUUCUGUCCGACGAUGACACUUUUGUUUUCUAACAAUCUCUCUCUGUUCUCAUUCUACACACAUUUUUCAGUGCAUCGAUUCAGUCGGUCAGGUCAUUAUGUUUACUUUGUUUAUUUUGCUUUUAAAUGUGAAAGAACGUUUCAAUGUUUGAAAAUACUCAACUUCUCAAACAUUCUGACAGACAUUCUGUAGUAUUCUUUUAAACCGUUUUGGUUUUAACAGCACACACAUUGUUGCAGAGUCAAGUUUGUUUUAUUGUUCAUUACUGGACCAACAGAAGAUUCUUAAAGUUUUUAAAUUAAAGGGAAUUCUGAUUUUA